AUGGCGACCGUAACAUCCCCGACAUCCGUUGAUCAGGUCAAGGAGUUGAUUCGGCAGCUGUAUGCCCCCGGACAGAACCCGGAAUGGUUGAAAACGGCUCAGAGGACUCUCCAAGGGUUGCAGCAUUCACCUGAUGGUUGGGCGUUAGCAGAGCAACUCUUGGCAAGUGAGGAGGACAAUGUCCGGUUUUUCGGCGCGUUGACUUAUCAGGUCAAGAUCAAUGCAGAUUGGAAGACUCUACCUGAAGAGUACCAUACGCAACUACUGACAACACUCGUUUCAUGGCUGCUACGAUACCAAAACGGGCCUUCACUCGUCGCACGAAAGCUCGUGGCCGUGCUAACUACCUUCGCCCUGCAUACCAUUCCUACAACUUGGAAAUCACCCGUGAAGUAUUUGGCUGCAUGCUUGGCAGCCAAAUCUCUGGUACCGACAGAAACGGCGGAGUCGCUAUCCAUGAAGGACCUCGUGGGAGGACUGAACGAGAGCGAAUUGAAGGUCACACUCGAGUUUGCGAACGUUUUGGCGGAAGAAGCAGAUAAGACAGAUCUUGUUGCUGACAGGAAGAUCCAAGUUCACCAGGCAAUCAAGGACAGUAUGCACGACAUUGUUGACCUGCUGGGAUAUUGCCUGAGUCUGCGUGGCAGUAUGCGUGAAGUUUCCGAUUCAGCAACGACUGUCGUCAAGGCCGGCUUGGGGUGCCUGCAGUCUUGGCUUCUGUACAGUGCUGAUAUGCGAAGUCUGUUCCAAAGUAUGGUUCCGGAUGUAUUUGCUUGCUUAGCCCAUCCGGUUCUUUUUGGCGCUGCCGCCGAAUUCACCGCGGAAGUCCUCUCUCACAGCAGAUCUUUCUUCCCUCGAAGCAGCAUUCAGGACCUGGUACAAUUAGUGACAGGACCUUGGGGCCAAGGUAAACUGCGAAGUCAGUUGACGACUGCGGCGCAAGGAGAUGAGGAAGACGAUUCUUCAAAUUUCAACCAAUUGCUCAUAGCGCUGGGUGAAACGACGUCAGAAACCAUCGCGGACCAGAUUAUGGACCCACAUAUGCAGGUGCUGUUGAGUAUGCUUCUUGCGCUCCUGAAUUAUCCCGGCUAUGCAGUUGCAGAUGAGGAGGUCUCUCCCUUGACGCAGGAGUUUUGGUGUUCAGUCGUGGAGUCUAUCGCGGAAUCAGAGACAAACUUGGAGGCAGGGAACGCUCUGACCAUGGGUGUGGUUGAAGCUGUAUGGCGAAAGAUUAGAUGGCCAUCUGUCCACAUUGAACGUCAAUGGGCGAGGGACGUUAAGGACGAUUUCGCAGGGUUCCGACGUGAUCUCGGCGACCUCUUAGAACAAUGCUAUCCAGUACUGAGAUUGGAUUUGAUCACUCGUUUGAUGAAUCUACUUGAAGAGCAGACAGGAUCACCCUCAAAUGUCUCGUGGGAAGAUGUUGAAGCUACGCUAUUCUGUUUUGUGUCGAUUGCGGACGCCGUUCCAGAAAACUCGGAAGAGACUGACCGGAUAUUGAUUCGGUUGUUUUCGGGGCCGCUCUUUGCGUUGCAACCACCAGAUGCAUCCUUGCGUCUCCGGCAUACCAUCUUGAACAUGACAGGUUUGCCUGCUUAUUCGGUGACAUAUUCAUCUGCUAAUGAGUCAAGCAGCUCAUUAUCCAUGCCUACCCUUUCAAACAGUGCUUCGAAAUCAAUUUUGACGUUGUGCUCGGCAUGUCGCGGUCAUCUCACUAGUGAACUUGCGAAUUUUGGAAAGCUAUACAUGUCCCUUUCGACAUCCACCGACCUCGGCACGCUAGAGAAGGAGCGGGUCACCGGUGCGAUCGCGGCGAUCAUUCAAGCACUGCCUCGUGAGCCUCAAAAGCUCGAACCUUUGUCGUUCUUGAUUGAACAAAUCUCUAGGGACUUCGAGCUUGCGCAAGUUGCCGCUGAGGCAGGGAAUUUCGAGCACGCUAAAGAGCUGGCGCUUUCAGGACUUUGGUGUCUCACGGCGGCUGGGAAGGCUUUAGGAGCCCCAGAACAACCACUGGUUAUUCUGUCCGGUGAAACGACGACUUUCGAUAAAAGUCAAUCCUUCUGGCAAAAGGACGGUCAGAUACUGCAGUCCCAGAUUCUGACGUGCGUGUCCAACGUGGCGAAUAUGUUCAGGAAAGAUCCGGAGGUCAUGGACGGCAUUUGCCAGGUGAUCAGGAUCGGGUUCAGAGAGCAGGAACCUGGUCCGUUCGUUUUCCCUAUCGUUGAUGUGGUGGACUUUCUUGUGCGCGAGAUCGAAGCGCAGCAGCAACCCAUGUCUGCGUGCCUCUUGACAACCUCUUCGAAAUUUCUUGCCUCAUGCAAUAUCGUAGGUACCGAACGCGUUGAUUCGGAAGUAAGCAGAUUAUUGGAUACAGUCUUAACAUGUACAUCACAUGCGCUUGAGGCAACGGGACUCAAAGAGAACCCCGACGUCCUGCAUGGAUUGUUCGAUCUGCUUGCCAAAUACCUUCCGUGUUAUCCAAAGGUCCUUUUCGCUGAAGCACGGUUACCGAAUUUUUUGAGGUUGGCUAUUAUCGGACUCACGCUGCAAGAACGACUGGCACAGCAGGGAGCAUGCGCUUUUCUGUCGGAUCUCUACGCUCGUCACUUUGAUGAUGCUGACCUUGACAGGUCGGCAAGCGAAAUUACACGUGCUAUGGGGCCGGAAGUCAUGAAACAGCUCUUGGUAGCGUUCGGGGGAGCCAUUCAAAGGACUGCUUUACCACAGGUGUCCGAAGUGUUUGGAAACCUGCUGCGUAGACAUCCCCAAGAUAGCAAACGCUGGCUGACAACCCUGUUUGCACAGCCAGGAUUUCUGUCCGCACAAUUACAAGAAGCAACCAAGGCAACGUUUUUGAAGCAAAUUGUUGGCCUGGCAUUGGGUAAUAAGAAUAGACAAGUACGUGACCACGUGAAGGCGCUUUGGCUGCAGUCGCGAGGGUUGGAGAAUAUGAGUUGGUGA